UCGCCGGGGAAACCGUUACUAUCACGCUCCUCUCCUCCGUACAUCGCGAUAAUUUGCCCGAUUCACGCUCCUGUUUUUCGGGGUCGGUUGACGGGGUUUGAAAUGUUACAUUUACGGUCAAGGGCGCUGCUCAGGGAGAUUUUACACGGCCAGCUGAAGCGACCUACGGCAGGCAGAGUCCACGCAGCACCUGCAGCCGGCUGCUGGUCGCCUUCCCCGGCCACGGGGAGAGCUUUCACCGGGCCGCUCGUCAGGCAGACCGGUGCCAGAAGCUUUUGCUCCAAAGCAGACGGACACAACGAUGCCGCCAAAGAGUCUUCCAUGGAGAAGAGAAGAAAGGCAGGCGUUCUGCCUAGCUUGGAGGACCUGCUCUUUUACACAAUAGCUGAAGGCCAAGAGAAGAUCCCAGCACACAAAUUUACCACAGCUCUCAAAGCCACAGGGCUUCGCACAGGAGACCCCAGGCUCAAAGAAUGUAUGGAGAUGCUGAAGGUCACCUUGAAAACCACCUCAGAUGGUGCCCUGGACAAACAUCUUUUCAAAAAAUGUGUUCAGAGCAACAUAGUUCUGCUCACUCAAGCCUUCCGAAAGAAGUUUGUUAUCCCAGACUUUCAGCCCUUCUGCAGGCAUAUGGAUGAGCUCUACGAAAAUGCCAAGAACCUCUCUGGAGGACAGGUGGCCGACUACAUUCCCCAACUGUCACGCUUCAGCCCAGACUUGUGGGCCGUAUCGCUGUGCACCGUGGACGGUCAGAGGCACACGGUUGGCGACACCAAGGUUCCCUUCUGUCUGCAGUCCUGCGUCAAGCCGCUGAAAUACGCCAUCGCUGUACACGACCAUGGAACUGAUUAUGUGCACCGAUUCAUUGGCAAAGAACCCAGCGGCCUGCGAUUCAACAAGCUCUUUUUGAAUGACGACGAUAAACCACACAACCCCAUGGUGAAUGCCGGUGCCAUUGUGUGUACCUCUCUCAUUAAGCAAGGAGCGAGCAACGCUGAGAAGUUUGAUUACGUCAUGAACUUCAUGAACAAACUGGCCGGGAACGAAUAUGUUGGCUUCAGCAAUGCCACGUUCCAGUCAGAGCGCGAGUCAGGAGACAGAAACUUUGCCAUCGGCUACUACCUGAAGGAAAAAAAGUGUUUCCCAGAGGGAACAGACAUGACCUCCAUCUUGGACUUCUACUUCCAGUUGUGCUCCAUCGAGGUGACCUGUGAGAGUGCCAGCGUCAUGGCAGCAACCCUCGCCAACGGCGGCUUCUGUCCCAUCACGGGAGAGCGUGUGCUGAGCCCGGAGGCGGUGCUGAACACUCUGAGCCUGAUGCACUCAUGUGGCAUGUACGAUUUCUCCGGACAGUUUGCCUUCCAUGUCGGACUGCCAGCUAAAUCUGGUGUUGCCGGUGGCAUUCUGCUGGUUGUUCCAAACGUCAUGGGCAUCAUGUGCUGGUCUCCUCCUCUAGACAAGCUGGGAAACAGUGUCCGAGGCAUCCAGUUCUGCACGGACUUGGUUUCCCUCUUCAACUUUCACAACUACGACAAUCUGAGACACUUUGCAAAGAAGCUGGACCCUCGCAGGGAAGGAGGGGACCAGAGAGUGAAGUCAGUGAUUAAUCUGUUGUUCGCUGCCUACACUGGGGACGUGUCCGCUCUAAGGAGGUUUGCCUUGUCCUCGAUGGACAUGGAGCAGAGGGACUACGACUCCAGGACGGCUCUGCAUGUGGCAGCGGCCGAAGGCCACGCUGAAGUGGUUCGCUUCCUGCUUGAGGCCUGCAAGGUCAACCCAAUUCCCAAAGAUAGGUGGGGCAACACACCGAUGGACGAGGCGGUCCACUUCGGCCACCACGACGUGGUCACCAUCCUGCGUGAUUACCACAACCUGUUCAGUCCUCAGGAGAGCCCGGCGACAAAGGAGAACGCGGAGAAAAACUUGGAUGGCAUGCUGUGAAAUGUCAGGUGUUUCUAGACAGAGCGUCAUUCUGUUCCGAUGACAAAAAAGUCUUAAUCUCGUUGUUAGCUGGUGUCAUGCCACGUGUACUUCUACUGUAUUCUUUGAUGCGCUUUACUUUUGUGACACCCGGGAAGAUGUUACCAGCCAAACGCUGAAUGCUGGCUUCAUUUAGCGGCUGCCGGUUUUGUUUGAACUCUGAAAAGUACGUAGACUAGUAGGGAUGUCCGAUAAUAUCGGACUGCUGAUAUCAUCGGCCGAUAAAUGCUUUAAAAUGUAAUAUCGGAAAUUAUCGGUAUCGGUUUCAAAAAGUAAAAUGUAUGACUUUUUAAAACGCCGCUGUGUACACGGACGUAGGGAGAAGUACAGAGCGCCAAUAAACCUUAAAGGCACUGCCUUUGCGUGCCGGCCCAGUCACAUAAUAUCUACGGCUUUUCACACACACAAGUGAAUGCAACGCAUUUUUGGUCAACAGCCAUACAGGUCACACUGGGGGUGACCGUAUAAACAACUUUAACACCGUUACAAAUAUGUGCCACACUGUGAACCCACACCAAACAAGGAUGACAAACACAUUUCGGGAGAACAUCCGCACCGUAACACAACAGAACAAAUACCCAGAACCCCUUGCAGCACUAACUCUUCCGGGACGCUACAAUAUACACCCCCUGCUACCUGCCCAACCCCGCCCACCUCAACCUCCUCAUGCUCUCUCAGGGAGAGCAUGUCCCAAAUUCCACGUUGCUGUUUUGAGGCAUGUUAAAAAAAAUAAUGCACUUUGUGGCCCUAAAUAAUAAAUAUGGCAGUGCCGUGUUGGCAUUUUUUUCCCAUAACUUGAGUUAGACUUAGACUUAGAAAAUCUUUAUUGUCCCCGAGGGGCAAUUUGGUUUGCAGCAGUAGUCAUUAAAAACAAGGUUCAACAGUAAAAACGAGGUACAACAGUAAAAACAAGGUACAACAGUAAAAACGAGGUACAACAGUAAAAACAAGGUACAACAGUAAAAUCAAGGUACAACAGUAAAAAUGAGGUACAACAGUAAAAACGAGGUACAACAGUAAAAACAAGGUACAACAGUAAAAACGAGGUACAACAGUAAAAACAAGGUACAUCGGUAAAAUCAAGGUACAACAGUAAAAAUGAGGUACAACAGUAAAAACGAGGUACAACAGUAAAAACAAGGUACAACAGUAAAAUCAAGGUACAACAGUAAAAACGAGGUACAACAGUAAAAAGAAGGUACAUAUACAUAAAAUACAUACAACAUACAAACCAUCAUGAAGGCAUUGAGCUAAAAACUAGAAACAUUUGUAAUACAAUAAAAACUAAUCAUCACACGUGGCUUCCCACUAAAGUGACUGCAUAGCAGCUAAGCUUGUUUAAGAAGCUCAUUUAUAAAGUCAACAGCUGAGGGAACAAAGGAUCUUAUGUAUCUGUGGUUUUUGGCCUUUCUAUUACUCGGGGCGUCCCUGCAUCCUGAGCGCAAGAGUCUAAACUCUGAGAAGAGACGGUGCUGAGGGUUGACCAGAAUGGCCUUUGCCUUCUGGAUGACUCUGGCCUGAUAGAUCUGGUUCCGGGGGUUCAAGGUAGUGCCUAUGGUCUUUUGGCACACCUUGAUUAUACCACCUAGUCUGUUUUUAUUGGCCACACUGAGGUUACCAAACCAGGAAGUGAUAGAAGAAGUUAAAAUAGACUCGAUACAAGAUGAAUAGAACAUCCUCAUCAGUGUCAUCAAUUUAAAGGCCUACUGAAAGCCACUACUACCGACCACGCAGUGUAAUAGUUUAUAUAUCAAUGAUGAAAUCUUAACAUUGAAACAAUUCCCGCCACACUUCCGGUUGAAAAACUCCUUUGGAUAUGAUUUAUGCGCGUGACGUCACAAAAUCCACGGAAGUGGUUGGACCCCAUCUGACCCGAUAUAAAAACCUCUUGUUUUUUCGACAAAAUUCCACAGUAUUCUGGACAUCUGUGUUGGUGAAUCUUUUGCAAUUUGUUUAAUGAACAAUGGAGGCUGCAAAGAAGAACCUUGUAGGUGGGAUCGAUCGGUGUCUUAGCGGCUAAGUACAAUACUUACAGCAACACAACAAGGACUACUUACUACGUCUAGCCCAGGGGUCGGCAACCCGCGGCUCCGGAGCCGCAUGCGGCUCCUUGACCACUCUGAUGCGGCUCAGCUACAUACAUGCCGACCCCCCCCGAUUUUCCCAGGAGAUUUAUGGAUCUCAGUGUCCCUCAUAGAUUACUCCCAGGGAAAAAAUAAUCCUAUUUACACUCUAAUUACUAAAUAAAGGGCAUGCCCUAAUUGCACUGCAGUAAUUGUCCUCUAUAGCAUUUACUUACAGCGUGCCAGUCCAGCCACAUGUUGCAUGUUGUUAUUACUUGCACACACAGGAGACAGCAAAGCAUACUUACUCAUCAGCCACACAGCUUACACUGACGGUAGCCGUAUCAAACAACUUUAACAUUGUUACGUUACAAAUAUGCGCCACACUGUGAACCCACACCAAAAAAGAAUGAAAAACACAUUUCUGGAGAACAUCCCACCGUAACACAACAUAAACACAACACAACCAUUACCCAGAAUCCCAUGCAGCCCUAACUCUUCCGGUCUACAUUAUACAUCCCCGCUACCACCAAAUC